CGCUCAACUCCGUCUUCUCUGAUGCUUCUUGGGCUCCGCUCCGUCUCCGUCUCUGUCUCCGUCCUGCGCUCCCGAGCCCUAACCCCGCCGCCGCCGCGACGCCUGCAGCGGCCGCGCGCCAUGUCCUCCUCUGCGCCGGAGACGGAGGCGUACAAGUUCGGGCCGUACAAGAUCGACGCGAGGGAGGUGUUUCACGCCACGCCGCUAUCCUACGCCAUGGUCAACCUCCGGCCCCUCCUCCCUGGUCAUGUCCUUGUGUGCCCCAAGCGUGAAGUGAAGCGAUUUGCUGAUCUAAGUUCUAAUGAGACUAGUGAUUUAUGGGUUACUGCAAAGGAAGUUGGUGUACAACUGGAGCAGUAUCACAAAGCUUCUUCGCUUACGUUUGCGAUUCAGGAUGGUCCUCAAGCUGGCCAAACAGUUCCACACGUCCACAUCCAUGUGAUCCCAAGAAAGAAAGGAGAUUUUGAAAAAAACGAUGAAAUAUAUGACGCGAUUGACGUGAAAGAGAAAGAAUUGAAGGAAAAGCUUGACCUGGACAUUGAAAGAAAAGAUAGAACCAUGGAAGAAAUGGGUCAUGAGGCCAGCGAGUACCGUGCUCUUUUCUCUUAGAAGAUGUGGUUCUAGGAAAUUGUUCUCUGAUUUUAACUUUCAGCUUUCCCAGAAACAAACCUUCAGCACUAUCUGUUCUGUACUGUAGCUAUGAAAACAAUUAUUUUCUACUGACUUGGUGAUGUCUGCUCUAAACUGAUGUAGUGGUUUACUUGUGUUCUAUGUAGUAUGGGAUAACAGUUGUUUCUUGGGAGAUACAUUUGUAUCUGUUUCUCAUUUUCUUUAUUUGGAUCUGUUGUGAAA